AUUGUAUACUAGGUUUAUUUCUGGUGCGAAUUUGUCAGGCGCGCAAUGACACCUUUCCACUUAACUACAGCCGCGCGCUCUUUGCUAAAGUAUUAUCGACACAGAGCUGUUUUAAAAACGGUCCAGGGAAUCAGAGCGUGGGAGUUCAGAAACAUGUAUCCAUGCACUUCCAUCGCAGAGCACAAUAGCAUGGAGGAGAUCCUGAAAAAGACAGUGGUCCCAUUGCCCACCUAUGAGAUGAGAGACAAAUCUCCACCUCCACCUGAAUCCAACAGUCUGGAGUUUAUGCUCUUCUACAAGAGUUUAGAGAAAGAGCAAAGACUUGAUUUUCUCGAGAGGUUGUCUCAUGAUUUCGGGGUAGAUCACAGAUGGGCUUCGGAUCUGGCUGCGAAGUUGCAGGACACUCAGGGGCGGGAUGUGGCCACGAUCCUCCAGGUGGAGGACAGGUUACGGUACAGUUUAACACCUCGGUACCGACAGCUCCUCACGCACAUCAGCAAGGUUCAGGGAGGGGUGAAGUUUCUGGUGGACCUCAGGGCAGAUCUCAUCGAGUUCGCAUCCUCAAAAAUUAGUGACAGCCCACAUAUGAGGGAUCUGAACAGCACUCUGAAGAGUCUUCUGUCAGAAUGGUUCUCUGUUGGGUUACUCCAACUCGAAAGAAUCACUUGGCAGUCCCCUUGCGAAAUCCUUCAGAAGAUCAGCCAGUACGAGGCGGUCCACCCUGUGCGGAACUGGACGGAUAUCAAACGCAGAGUGGGGCCGUACCGUCGAUGUUAUGCCUUCACCCACGCUUCGAUGCCUGGAGAACCACUGGUGGUGCUGCAUGUUGCCUUAACUGAGGACAUAGCAAAUAAUAUCCAGGGAAUCGUGAGAGAGUUUGCCACUUUAGAUGCAGACGAGGAUGUGAACAAGAUCAAUGCUGCCAUCUUCUACUCCAUCUCCUCCACUCAGGCUGGGCUGCAGGGGGUGGAGCUUGGAAAUUACCUCAUCAAGAGGGUGGUCCGAGAACUGCAGAGUGAGUUCCCCCACAUGGCCCAGUUCUCCAGUCUGUCUCCCAUCCCUGGCUUCUCCUCAUGGCUGCAAGGGGCUCUCGGACAGCACAAGAAGGAGGGACGUGCCACGGAGCUCCUCUCUGAGCAGGAGUGGAGGGAGGUGGAGGAUGUGACAGGAGCUGCUCCCGGUGCUCCGGCUCUGGAAGCCCUGCGCAGGCUCAUCGGCACCAGCGAGUGGAUCCGCUCGGAUCGCCUGCUCCACUCUCUGGAACCUGCGCUAAUGCGGCUCUGUGCCUGGUACCUGUAUGGAGAGAAACGGCGGGGCUACGCCCUAAACCCUGUGGCCAACUUCCACCUUCAGAACGGUGCCACCAUGUGGAGGCUGAACUGGCAAGCGGACACGAGCCCGCGGGGCAUCGCCAACUCCUGUGGCAUAAUGGUUAAUUAUCGCUACUUUUUGCAAGAGACCAGCACUAACAGCGCUGCCUACAUGCAGAAUAAAUUCAUCAAGGCCUCCGAGCAGGUGCUGGGACUGGUGUCGCAAUUCCAGAAGAGCAGCAAACUCUGAAUCGAAUCUGUAGCUCUGCAUUGGGACAAGAUGAUCUGCACUUAAAUUCAGGGUUAUAAUUUUUAAUAUCUGAUCUGCACUGGAUGGAUAAACGCAAUGAGGGUUAAACGAGCCUU